AUGUUAAUAAAAAAAUCGUUGACACCAAUUGGAACCGAUUUGGAAUCAAUUAUAAUAGCUGUGUCGUUGUUUCUUUUGUGUGGAUUUCUAAUUUUCUUAUGUUGCUUCCUCGUAACACAUAUUUAUUUGUUUUAUAAGCGUACUCGUUUAAAGAGGAGAUACACACGGCAGUACGAAGAUGAAUUCGCCUUAGCUGUGUUGAGUACCACCGACGCAAUAAAUAGUGAAUGUUCAGUAUGA